AUGUUCCUCCAUCGUCAGGUAUUUAGACGACUGAACUCUACAUUUGUUCCGCGCCAUGUAUUCCCAGACUACAGAAUUGCUUUAACGGACUUUAAGGGCCACCAAAUGCGUGCUAUCCAGCGAUUUCAACAACUCUUGCCUCAAUUAAAUCUCUUAUUGGAACUGCGAGAUAGUAGAGCGCCAAUCAGCACCAGAAACGUAAUAUUCGAUGACCUCAUGGUUAACAGACGAGGCGGCAAUACUAAAAGAUUGGUGUUGUACACAAAAUCAGACCUAUGUCCAAAGGAAACCAUCGAGAAAUUACGAGUGUGGCAUUCAGAGCUAGGAGACGAAUUUAUGACUUUAGACAGCCGGUCUGCGCGAGAUGUACGGAAUCUUAUUAAGAUUUUGGAGUGGAAGUAUGACCAAACGAUCGAACAAACCUUGGGGCAUGUUGAGGGAAACGAAGGCCUACCGUUAGGUUACCGAAUCCUAGUUGCUGGAAUGCCGAAUGUAGGAAAGUCGACAUUGGUCAACACCUUAAGAUUUGUGGGUGCUGCGAAAACCCACAACUUGAGCGAAAGUGUCCACGGAUCUGUUUCACAUAAAAGACGAAAAGUCGCCAAGACUGGAGGCCAAGCCGGAGUUACUAGAGCCACCAGUGAAUGCAUUCGUAUAGCAGACCAUAGAGGCGGCAUUUAUCUAUACGAUACACCAGGUGUCUCAUUACCAGGACGUGUGACAACCCGUGAAAAAAUGUUGAGUUUAAGCCAGUGUGGGUGUGUCAAGAAUAAUCUAGUUGACCCUAUAAUCCAAGCCGAUUAUUUGCUGUAUAUCAUGAACUUACAGAAUCCUGCCGCCUAUGAUCAAUACACCAAGGGCUUACCGACGAACAACGUUUACAAAGUUUUAGCUGGUGUGGGUAAGGCGACUGGUAUAAAAGACGAUAAUGGGGCUGCCAUUCAUUGGAUUGACAAAUGGCGCCAAGGAGCACGUCAAACCAAACAAAAAAUCUCUUUCGAUGUUGAAACUCUGUUAGAUGACGAGAGUUUCUCAUAUAAAGACUUGGUAGCGCGGGAAUUGGAACAGUUAGGCCCUUGGUUAAGUUCUGUACCACAAGAUGGCCAAAAAUCUGCGGGACAGAGACUCUCUAAACAAGCUUUGAAAGCCAAGAAUAGUAAUCAACUUUUUAACCUGUAA